AUGGCUGGCGAGCACAGGCUCUUGCUGCACAACGCCCAACAGCUGGUGCUCAUCUGCACCAAAGGCGAGAAGUACCUGCUGCAGGCGGGCAUGCAAAGCCUGGCCGUGCUGGACAAUGCCAGCGUGGUGAUCGGCAAAGAUGGCUGUAUAAAAGCUGUAGGCCAUGCAGAUGCUAUUCACCAGCAAUUUUCAGAAGCAUCAUUUGAAAAAAUUAUUGACUGUUCUGGGAAAUGCAUAUUGCCAGGUUUGGUAGAUGCACAUACCCAUCCAGUGUGGGCUGGUGACAGGGUUCAUGAGUUUGCAAUGAAGCUGGCAGGUGCUUCCUACAUGGAUAUUCAUCAAGCUGGAGGGGGAAUACAUUUUACUGUGGAACACACCCAGAAAGCCUCAGAAGAGGAGUUGUUCAAUACUUUCAGACACCGACUGCUGCGUAUGCUCAGAGCAGGAACCACUUUGGCCGAAUGCAAGAGUGGAUAUGGUUUAAACCUAGAAACCGAGCUUAAAAUGCUCAGGGUGAUUGAACAGGCUAGACGGUUACUGGAUAGCAACAUUUCCUCUACGUACUGUGGAGCUCAUUCUGUGCCUAAAGGGAAAAAUGCUACUGAAGCCACAGAUGACAUUAUCAAUAACCAUCUCCCUAAACUAAAGGAGCUGAACCUAAGUGGUGAAAUACAUGUUAAUAACAUAGAUGUGUUUUGUGAGAAAGGUGUCUUUGAUCUGAAUUGUACCAGAAGAAUUCUUCAGGCUGGAAAAGAGAUAGGGUUACAGAUUAACUUCCAUGGUGAUGAACUCCAUCCAAUGAAAUCUGCAGAGCUCGGAGGUGAACUAGGAGCCCAGGCUAUAAGUCACCUGGAAGAAAUUAGUGAUGAAGGCAUCGCUGCAAUGGCAAGUGCAAAGUGUGCGGCUGUCCUUUUACCAACCACUGCCUACAUGCUGAGACUGAAGCAACCUCAAGCAAGGAGAAUGUUAAAAGAAGGGGUUAUAGUUGCUCUUGGCAGUGAUUUUAACCCUAAUGCGUACUGUUAUUCAAUGCCCAUGGUAAUGCACUUGGCCUGUGUAAACAUGAAAAUGUCAAUGAAUGAGGCUUUAGCAGCUGCCACCAUUAACGCAGCUUAUGCUCUUGGAAGAUCCGAUAUGCAUGGCUCCAUAGAGAAUGGCAAACAGGGAGAUCUCAUUAUCAUUAAUUCAUCAAGAUGGGAGCACUUGAUUUACCAGUUUGGGGGACAUCAAGAAUUGAUUGAGUAUGUUAUUGUUAAAGGAAAAGUUAUCUACAAAAAUGAAAGUGUUAUGGGCUACUAAGUACUUACUGAA